GGUGGACGUUUGUCAAACAUUUACUUUCUGUCCAAAAGACAGAAACAUUAAACAGCACUUUGGUCGACAGAUGAACUGUGUAGGUAUAAAGAGAAAGAGAAGUGGCUGAAGAACAUGAUUAAAUAGAAACAGACCUGAGCAGGACACAAGUGAGCUGCUGGACUGACGGACAUUCAUGGACAUAAGUUGAGUGUGGGCUCUGCUAUGAAUCAGUGUGAGGAGACUGAGGAGGGUGUCCCUCCCUCUAAAAGCACUCUGUGUGAGGAACAUGACACAAGGACCAAAGCUCAGAGUGUUCACCAGCAGAGAGCAGGCUCUCCUGAACCCAGCUGUGUGUCCAUUAAGAGUGACAACUCCAUGAUUGAACUUUAUAACUUAAGAGAUGGACUCCACUCUAAACAAAGUCUUCACCAGCAGAGAGCAGACUCUCCUGAUCCCAGCUGUGUGUCCAUUAAGAGUGACAUCUCCAUGAUUGAACCUUACAACUUUAGGGAUGGACUCCACUCUGCCGAAGAAAGAGUUCAGCAGCAAAGGUCAGAUAUUUGUGGUGGUCAGUCGGUCCAGAAGCUUCCAAAAGACCUGGACUCCAUAUUUAUGCAUCUUCAGGAGAACAUUGUCAGUUUUGUGAAGAAUGAGCUUAAAAGGUUACAGGGGGUUCUGAGUCCAGAUUACCAAAAAUGCAUAGAUAGCGAGGAUGAAGAGGUUCUGGAUGAUGAGGAGGAAGAGAAAAGGAACAAAGAGUCAUUUCUGAAGAUCACACUGGACUUUCUGAGGAGAAUGAAGCAGGAGGAUAUGGCCGACUGUCUGCAAAGUAGAAUGGCUGCUACAGUGUGCCGACGUCAACUCAAAUCUAACCUGAAGAAGAAGUUCCAGUGUGUGUUUGAGGGGAUUGCUAAAGCAGGAAACCCAACCCUUCUGAACCAGAUCUACACAGAGCUCUACAUCACAGAGGGAGGGACUGCAGAGGUCAAUAAUGAACAUGAGGUCAGACAGAUUGAAGCAUCAUCCAGGAAACCACACAGACCAGAAACAACAGUCAGACAAGAAGACCUCUUUAAACCCUCACCUGGAAGAGAUGGACCAAUCAGAACAGUGAUGACAAAGGGAGUGGCUGGCAUUGGGAAAACAGUCUUAACACAGAAGUUCACUCUGGACUGGGCUGAAGACAAAGCCAACCAGGACAUACAGUUCACAUUUCCAUUCACUUUCAGAGAGCUGAAUGUGCUGAAAGAGAAAAAGUACAGCUUGGUGGAACUUGUUCAUCUCUUCUUUACUGAAACCAAAGAAGCAAGAAUCUGCAGGUUUGAGGAGUUCCAGGUUGUGUUCAUCUUUGAUGGUCUGGAUGAGUGUCGACUUGCUCUGGACUUCCACAACACUGAGAUCCUGACUGAUGUUACAGAGUCCACCUCAGUGGAUGUGCUGCUGACCAACCUCAUCAGGGGGAAACUGCUUCCCUCUGCUCGCCUCUGGAUAACCACACGACAUGCAGCAGCCAAUCAGAUCCCUCCUGAGUGUAUUGACAUAGUGACAGAGGUCAGAGGGUUCACUGACCCACAGAAGGAAGAGUACUUCAGGAAGAGGUUCAGAGAUGAGGAGCAGGCCAGCGGAAUCAUCUCCUACAUCAAGAAAUCUCGGAGCCUCCACAUCAUGUGCCACAUCCCAGUCUUCUGCUGGAUCACUGCUACAGUUCUGGAGGAUGUGCUGAAGACCAGAAAGAGAGGAUGGCUGCCCAAGACCCUGACUGAGAUGUUCAUCCACUUCCUGGUGGUUCAGUCCAAACUGAAGAACAUCAAGUAUGAUAGAGUAGCUGAGACGGAUCAACACUGGAGUCCAGAGAGCAGGAAGAUGAUUAAGUCUCUGGGAAAACUGGCUUUUGAGCAGCUGCAGAAAGGUAACCUGAUCUUCUAUGAAUCAGACCUGACAGAGUGUGGCAUCGAUAUCAGAGCAGCCUCAGUGUACUCAGGGGUGUUCACACAGAUCUUUAAAGAGGAGAGUGGACUGUACCAGGAUAAGGUCUUCUGCUUCAUCCAUCUGAGUGUUCAGGAGUUUUUGGCUGCUCUUCAUGUCCAUCUGACAUUCAUCCGCUCUGGAGUUAAUCUGCUGGCAGAAGAACAAACCACAUCCAGGUGGAAUUGGUUCAGAAACAUAUCUGAACUAACCUUCUACCAGAGUGCUGUGGACAAGGCCUUACAGAGUCCAAAUGGACACCUGGACUUGUUCCUCCGCUUCGUCCUCGGUCUUUCACUGCACACCAAUCAGAAUCUCCUAGUAGGUCGUGUGACAAAAACAGGAAGUAGCUCUGAGACCAAUCAGAAAACAGUUGAGUACAUCAAGAAGAAAAUCAGUGAGAAUCUGUCUCCAGAGAGAAACAUCAAUCUGUUCCACUGUCUGAAUGAACUGAAUGAUCGUUCUCUAGUGGAGGAGAUCCAACAGUCCCUGAGUUCAGGACGUCUCUCCACAGAUGAACUGUCUCCUGCUCAGUGGUCAGCUCUGGUCUUCAUCUUACUGUCAUCAGAAACAGAUCUGGAUGUGUUUGACCUGAAGAAAUACUCUGCUUCAGAGGAGGCUCUUCUGAGGCUGCUGCCAGUGGUCAAAGCCUCCAACAAAGCUCUGCUGAGUGGCUGUAAUCUGUCAGAGAGAAGCUGUGAAGCUCUGUCCUCAGUUUUCAGCUCCAAGUCCUCUAGUCUGAGAGAGCUGGACCUGAGUAACAAUGACCUGCAGGAUUCAGGAGUGAAGCUGUUGUCUGCUGGACUGAAGAGUUCACACUGUACACUGGAGAGACUCAGACUGUCAGGCUGUAUGAUCUUAGAUGAAGGCUGUACUUAUCUGGCCUCAGCUCUGAGAUCCAACCCCUCCCAACUGAGAGAGCUGGACCUGAGCUACAAUCAUCCAGGAGACUCAGGAGUGAAGCUGCUUACUGCUGGACUGGAGGAUCCACAAUGGAGACUGGACACUCUCAGGCUGAGUGGCUGUAAUCUGUCAGAGAGAAGCUGUGAAGCUCUGUCCUCAGUUCUCAGCUCCCAGUCCUCUAGUCUGAGAGAGCUGGACCUGAGUAACAACGACCUGCAGGAUUCAGGAGUGAAGCUGUUGUCUGCUGGACUGAAGAGUCCACACUGUACACUGGAGAGACUCAGACUGUCAGGCUGUAUGAUCUCAGAGGAAGGCUGUACAUCUCUGGCCUCAGCUCUGAGAUCCAACCCCUCCCAUCUGAGAGAGCUGGACCUGAACUACAAUCAUCCAGGAGACUCAGGAGUGAAGCUGCUGACUGCUGGACUGGAUGAUCCACUCUGGAGACUGGACAUUCUCAGGCUGAGUGGCUGUAAUCUGUCAGAGAGAAGCUGUGAAGCUCUGUCCUCAGUUCUCAGCACCCAGUCCUCUAGUCUGAGAGAGCUGGACCUGAGUAACAGCGAUCUGCAGGAUUCAGGAGUGAAGUCGCUCUCUACUGGACUGAAAAGUUCAAACUGUAAACUGGAAAGACUCAGACUGUCAGGCUGUAUGAUCUCAGAGGAAGGCUGUACUUAUCUGGCCUCAGCUCUGAGAUCCAACCCCUCCCAUCUGAGAGAGCUGGACCUGAGCUACAAUCAUCCAGGAGAACCAGGAGUGAAGCUGCUGAGUGCUGGACUGAAGGAUCCACACUGGAGACUGGGCACUCUCAGACUGAGUGGCUGUAAUCUGUCAGAGAGAAGCUGUGAAGCUCUGUCCUCAGUUCUCAGCUCUAAGUCCUCUAGUCUGAGAGAGCUGGACCUGAGUAACAACGAUCUGCAGGAUUCAGGAGUGAUGCUGCUCUCUGCUGGACUGAAGAGUUCACACUGUAGACUGGAGAGACUCAGGCUGUCAGGCUGUAUGAUCACAGAGGAAGGCUGUACUUCUCUGGCCUCAGCUUUGAGAUCCAACCCCUCCCAUCUGAGAGAGCUGGACCUGAGCUACAAUCAUCCAGGAGACUCAGGAGUGAAGCAGCUGACUGCUGGACUGGAGGAUCCACACUGGAGACUGGACACUCUCAGGGUGGAACACGGUGGAGAGCAGAGGCUGAAACCUGGUCUGAGGAAGUAUUCCUGUGAACUCACAGUGGACACAAACACAGUGAACAGAAACCUCAAACUGUCUGACAACAACAGGAAGGUGACAUCAGUGAGAGAGGAGCAGCCAUAUCCUGAUCAUCCAGAGAGAUUUGACUACUGGUUUCAGCUGUUGUGUAGAAAUGGUCUGACUGGUCGCUGUUACUGGGAGGUCGAGAGGAGAGGAUGGGUUCAUAUAUCAGUGAGUUACAGACGAAUCACAAGGAAAGGAAACAGUGAUGACAGCAGGUUUGGACGAAAGAAACAGUCCUGGAGUCUGGGGUGCUCUGAUGAUGUUGGUUACUCUGUCUGGCACAAUAACAGAAGAACAUCCAUCUCCUCCUCCUCCUCUGUCUCUAACAGAGUAGCAGCGUAUGUGGACUGUCCUGCUGGCACUCUGUCCUUCUACAGAGUCUCCUCUGACACACUGAUCCACCUCCACACCUUCAACACCACAUUCACUGAACCUCUUUAUCCUGGGUUUAUGUUAUUAACACAUGGUUCCUCAGUGUCUCUGUGUUCACCGUAGGAGGGAGAAGAGAGAAACACACUGCUGACAAAAACACCCAAAACACACUGACUCAAAAUCACAAGAACAGGUAUUUAAAUAUCUUUAAAUAUGUUUUUGGAAAGGUUUUGGGGAAAAUGUUAAAGUUUUAGUUUUAGGUGUUCUGUACUUAAGAUGUUUUUCUCCUCUAAAUAAUCAUGUAAAUAUGAUAAAUGAAUCUAAAUCAGACUUUUUUUUUUAAUAGUUUAUUUGUCAUUGAUCAUUGGAAGGUGUAAAUAUGCGUAAUGUGAGUUAUUUCCACAGUAAAUGUCUGUAUAUGAAUGAACAGAGGUGAGUGUCAGUGUGAUGAAAGAACCAUGAUGAUGAGAUA